UAUCCCACCUCUCAAAGACGAUUGGCAGCAAUAGCAGUCACACACGCCUGUCUACGGCUGCAUUCACACAGGCAGCCCAAGUCUGAUAUGUUUUUCACAACUAAUUGGUUAUUUUGACCAAUUACGUCAGAUAUUUUCACAGCAGAUCUUUUUCAGAGCUGAUCUGAUUGGUCAAAUGACCAAUUAGUGGAAAAAUAAAUAUCAGAAUUGGGCUGCCUGUCUAAACGAAGCCUAAGACACUUCAGGUGCCCUAUGCGAUAUUGGGAGGGAUGGGAUUUUGAAAGCAAUUUGCUCUAGCCUUCCCUCUGUUUUCACUCUAAUUCUACAGCCUGCACUAGGAGGUUUGAUACUGGCGGCUUGAGUGUUAACUCGCCCAUGGAAAGCGACCACCGGAGCUCACCGCUGCAAUAACUAACCCUGUCUUGGCAGUACGAGGAUUGGCUGACGCUCGGUUGCAGAGCAUGAACGGCUGUUGAGGAAGCGUCUCUCUAUCACGGACGAGCAUGUGAGCAAGUAGCCUACAGCUUUUGAUAGUAUCGUUUAAUGGCACCUUACGUUAUUGAAUUGGGAUGAUACUAAUUCAUCUCCUAGUAGGUGUCCAUUAGCCUAUCAAUUUAGUCACUGCGCGCAAGUGGUUGGUUUCGGUUAUGCUCAAUGGAGAGCAAACUGAUUCUUCACUCUGUCGGUAAAAGCAGUCACGGUAUGGCUUUUUUUCUUAUUCACCUGCUUCUGCAAAUGGGACUCGUUUUCGGAUCUAAUUAUGGGUAUGUGGAAUGGUCGGAUAACGACAAAGACGCUGAAAUACGAUCGAAGAACCCCACUAUGUACAGCACUCAAAAUAUCAACAAGGAAUCGAUGCACCAUCCAACUUAUUACCCAGGACCCUUCACGGAGCGCACCAUUGUCGCGCACAAAAUCGAAGAGGACCUGCCUAGGGUGGUAACAGCUUUCCUGCACACGGGAGACUCGUCGGCUCUUGAACAAGUCAACUGUUCUCGGAGGUAUGAGUUGAGUAGCCUCCGCGGUGGAACCAAUGUGGCCUCACACUAUUUUCUCCAUAGCGUGCUGGACACCAUGGCGCACGCAACCAACUUUCUGAACAUGAUUUUACAAGCCAACAGGUCAAGAGAGCACAGCCUUCGGAGGGAUAUUCACUGGUACCACGCACUGGUUCGGAGUAUUCUCGAGGGGGACCCCAAAAUUCACAGGGCAGUGGUUACAUUCCAUACUGAUGCUCCGACGCCGGGUCCCCAUGUUUUCCUUCAAGCGACAAGAACUGAAGGGGAAGUGGUUCUCCAGGACCUUUCCAACUCCGCUCACCACCAUCUCAAGAGCAGGAGCCCGGAGUCUGAGUGGUUUAACGAGUUCAGGGACCGAAAAAAAACGUACAUGCAGAGAAGGGCGUCGAGCCGAGACCCUGUAGCCACUCAAAAUGGCUACAUUCUCGACAAAAGUCAAAUCAAGUGGUCUGCGCCUUACCUGGAAUGCGAGCAUGGGAAUUUCGUACCACACUGGCUACUCACCUUGUCUGCAGGGUUCUAUGGGCUGAAGACAAAUUCCGCGCCCGAGUUCAGGGGUGUGGUUCGAGUAGACGUCAACCUCCAGGAUGUGGACAUUGACCAGUGCUCCAGCAGUGGCUGGUUUGCUGGAACUCACCGCUGUAAUCUGACCAGCAUGGAUUGCAAUCCCAUUGUCGGACAUGGAUUCGUGCUAGACAACUACAAGUGCCAAUGCCGGAGAGGCUUCUACCAUCCUAGCAGAGUGGCACUCAACGGCUUUACAAAGAGCAGUGGUCACGCUCACGGCGAGGACCCCUUGGAGGGGUCCAGUAGGUGUCUGCCAUGCCGUGAGGGCUGCCCCUACUGCCGGGAUGACACGCCCUGCCUGGCUCAGGAGGACGGAGCCCUCCGGCUUUCCGUAGCCUCCUUCCAGGGCCUCUGUAUGCUGCUGGACUUAGUGGCCAUGGUGCUGGUCUACCACUUCCGCAGGAACAAGAGGAUCCGAGCGUCUGGUCUCAUCCUCCUGGAGGCCAUCUUGUUUGGAGCCUUGCUUCUUUACUUUCCCGUGAUGAUACUGUACUUCAGCCCCAGCGUGUUGCGCUGUAUCCUCCUGAGAUGGGUGCGUCUCCUGGGCUUUGCCACAGCCUACGGAACAGUGAUCCUGAAGCUUUACAGAGUGCUGAAGGUGUUCCUGUCCCGUACGGCACAGCGGACGCCCUACAUCACCAGCUGGCGGGUGCUGCGUCUGCUGGGGGUCAUCCUGCUGGUGGUGCUGUGGUUUCUGGUGGCCUGGACCUCGGCCGUGUGUCAGACACCUGACCGUACGUCGGCCCUCAUUGAUGUGGGCCUCACCCCUGACGGGCUGCAGUUCAGCAUGUGCCUGCUGGACCGCUGGGAUUACAUGAUGGCAGUUGCCGAGUUCCUGUUUCUUCUGUGGGGAGUGUACCUCUGCUAUGCUGUCCGGACUGUACCGUCAGCCUUCCAUGAACCACGCUACAUGACUGUUGCCAUAUUCAAUGAACUCCUCAUAUCGGCAGUAUUCCACACCAUUAGGUUCACUCUGGCUCCUCAGUGGCACCCUGACUGGAUGCUCAUGUUGGUCUUCACUCACACACACGUCACCGUGACUGUGACUUUGGGGCUGCUGUUUGUACCAAAGUGUCUGUCCACAAGGACCCAGGCGAGUGAUGACAUUGCCACUGAAACCUAUGAAGAGGAGCUGGACAUGGGCCGGUCCGGGUCCUACCUCAACAGCAGCAUCACCUCAGCCUGGAGCGAACACAGCCUGGACCCCGAGGACAUACGGGACGAGCUCAAGAAGCUUUACGCCCAACUGGAAGUCUACAAGCGCAAGAAGAUGCUGGCCAACAACCCACACCUGCAGAAGAAGCGCAGCUCCAAGAAGGGCCUGGGCCGCUCUCUCAUGAAGCGCCUCACUGAGAUCCCGGAGACCUUGCACCGACAUGGCAGCUAUGGCAGCCGUGAGGAACGUGACAGUAGUGAGCACGGGAGCAACCGCAGCACCCUUCGACGGAAUCCCUUCGACUCGUCCCAUUCAGGUCACAAGUCCAGGGAAGACUCUUUGAAGAGCAAAGUUCUGGGUCUGAAUAAGUCACACAGCUACGACCACGUUUGUGACCAAGCUGAGAAAACUGCCGGCGGAGAGGGCUCGGGUGUGGACAAAAUGGCCACCGGCGAUGGUUCCUUGCUGGGAUCUCUCAUUAGGAGGCAGGUUAAGAAGUCACCGGAGCCUGCCUCAAAGCAGGAACCGGCUGAGUCAGUGCCCUUGGUCUGCAAGUCAGCCAGCGCGCACAACUUCACAGUGGACAAAAAGCCCAUUCAGCUGAGGACAUCCAUCAUGCAGAAGUCACUGAGUGUCAUCACCAGUGCCAAAGACAAGAUGCCCGGGCUCACCAGCAAGACCCAUAGCACAGAGGAUGCCAGCAAGAAAGGACUCAAGGGUCGCGAUGGGAGGAUGCUGUCUGAGGUGGACGAGAUGGAGUGUUAUCCUAAGAUGAUCAUCAGCCAGUCGGUAGAGUACUCCAGGACACCCAUGGCUAAGAUGGGCAUCAUGAAGCAGCAGGUGAGUGGCAGCCAGCCGUCCAUCAAUACAGAGCCGGGGAGAAACCUGUAUGACCUCUCCGAGGUGUGCUCUUGGGAUGUGGAGGACCCCCCAACCCCGUCAGAAGGAAGGUCCCAGAAGCAUGUGUCCAUUGCUCUGGGAGAGACCACCACGGUCCACAGGGGUGAUGGUGGUGGUGGCACGGGUAGCACCAAGGGCAGUCGCUCCCAACAGAAGCAGCAGAGAGCCGCGGGGCAAUUGCCUGCAGGCCGACAGCGCUCCAAAGAGAAGGGGGGUGAACGAGACGAGGCCAGAGAAACAAGGAAGCCCAGGUCUCCCAGAUCUCCGCUCCUGCUCAAACCGGAGGUGUGCCCCUGGGCCUUUGAGGUGCAGCCGGUGUUGGGAGGCGAUUCAGACUCCAUCUCCCCAGAGAGGAUCAGACGUAAGAGGAGCGUCACACCCACUGAUGGGAAGCCCAAGAUCCUCCACUCAGACUACUCCAAAUCCACAGGGAGUCUGCUGCAGCCGCCCACCCAGAUGGUGGACAUCUGUCCCUGGGACUACAAUGAAGCCCCAGCCCCGCCUUCCCCCAGCCAGGAGAAGACCUGCUCCAGUCCCACGGCUCACUCCAAGCGGAAACGAAAAGGUUCGUGCUCCUCCAAAGAAAGGGGAGAGAGGGGUGAGAGAGAGAAAGGAGGGAGGGACAAGGAGGAAGAGAAGCAGCACAGGUCAAAGAGCAAGGAGAGCUCCUCCAGCAGGCCCUCGGAAAGACCACGUGUCAGCCAAUCAUCAGAGGGUGGUCCGGUCACCGUGCCAACAUCCGGGAGACGGAGGAGCUCGACGAGAGACCCGGAGGCGUCGGAGAACAAGAGGGUGGAGGCGUGCCCGUGGGAGGUAGAGGACGCGCAUGCCAGCGUAGCACAGACAAAGCCUUCUCCAGCGAAAGAAAACUCUUUGAGUUCUAAUUACAAACAACCCGUAAGCACUGCUAAAAGGGUUGACGUUUGCCCCUGGGAUUUUGAAGACAAUGGGUCAGAGAAAAGUGCAUGAUAAUCAGAAUGAUAGACUAUGUGUUUUGUAUUCACGGCACAAAAGCCUUGCAAACUGGGUUAUAAAGAUAAGGGUGGGAAAAACAGUUGCACUGUGGUUAUGUCAAAAUAAUUUUGUGAAGUAAAACAUGACACUACGGUCUGUUAAAGCAUUCCAAACAAAGUAUUUGUUCAAUUACAAAGUCCUGUUGUUAGUUGUGCCAUUAUGCAGCUUAAAGUCACUUUAUCCGCAAUGUUGAGAAAUGUUUAGUCGGCACUAUUUGCUUGUACAUUUGCUCAGUUUUCAGUUUUGCACGUUUUGUCACACUCUUUAAUACAUUAAACACAUCCUUACUACCUGUGAGGGAAUUUACACUGAAUUAAUUACAGAUAACAAUCUGAUUAAGACAGGUUUGUACAAGAACGUGAGACUGAUUUAACCAGUCCAUUUUUGUAAACAACUAAUUGAUGAUAUUGUCACAUGUUCCAUUAUACUAGACUGGAGUUCUCUUUUGUCUGUAUCCUGCACCUGGGUCAUUCCAUUAUGCUAGACUGGAGUUCUCUUUCAUCUGUAUCCUGCACCUGGGUCAUUCUUGUCAAGUAGUGGGCCAAGUAUGAAUUCAGCAUGUUGGUCAUUGGGAAGUGUAUAAUGUAACUUCCAUAUGAAGCACAGUGCACAGAUAAUUAUACUGUUCAUUCUGGGGCCUUAUAGAUUAUACUAAGGAUGUGAAUUUGAAGUGUUGAGUAGGAGAAAUAGCUACAUAGGUGCACCAUACAUAGUUACCACUUGCAUAGCAACAUGAGGAUGCACCCCCUUAAGGAAGAGUAUCUCACCUGUAUUUGGUCUCCUUUCAGUCAAACAUGCUUUGUGUUCAUACAAAAAACAAACUGAAGUUUAUCUUUGAUGCAUAUGUUUUGUAAAACUGCUGUAGAAUGUGGCAGAGCCUUCCAGAAAUUGCUUUGUGUCAAUUCAUCAACUUACAUCCAAAAUGCUACAGCAUUUAGUAAUGGACAUUUUUUGCAACAGAAAUGUACGUUUCUUAUUGGACAAGUUCAACUUUGUCCCUCCCCUGUUUCAGUCUGUUUUCCUCCAGUUGGCUUCCUAGUGAGUAAGACCCAGCUAAUCCGUAACACAAUUCUUCUCAGUGGUGGAAAAAGUACACAAUUGUCAUAGUUGAGUAAAAGUAAAGAUACCUUAUUGGAAAAUUACUCAAGUAAAAGUGAAAGUCACCCAGUAAAACAGUACUUGAGUAAAAGUCUAAAAGUAUUUGGUUUUAAAUAUACUUAAGUAUCAAAAGUAAAAAGUAUAAAUCAUUUCAAAUUGCUUAUAUUAAACAAGCCAAACGGCACAAUAUCUUGUUUUAAUUUUUUUACGGAAAGCCAGGGGAACACUCAGACAUCAUUUACAAAUGAAGCAUUUGUGUUUAGUGAGUCUACCAGAUCAGAGGAAGUAGGGAUGACCAGGGAUGUUUUCUUGAUAAGUGUGUGAUUGGACUGUUUUCCUGUCCUGCUAAGUAUUCAAAUGUAACAAGUAUUUUUGGGGUUUCUGGAUAAAUGUAUGGAGUAAAAAAGUAAAUUAUUGUCUUUAGGAAUAUAGUGAAGUAAAAGUACAAAUUGUCAAAAGUAUAAAUAGUAAAAUAUAGAUAUCCCCAAAAAAACACGACUUAAGUAGUACUUUAUAAAGUAGUUGUACUUAAGUACUUUACACCAUUGAUUCUGCUGUAUCCAGUAACGCUAUAGUAAGGAUACAGUAAUGCUACAGUGACUUCUGCAUGACAGUAAACAUAUUGGCCCAACGUCUCACUGCUCUUAGCAAACUCUGUUCUGUUAUAACCUGUUUGUUGAGUGAACUUGUACCACUGUCGUCUUCUUACUAUAAUGCUUGGUAACACGCUGUUGCAUCCACAUAGGAAUAUUUAUAUUGUACAUUUAUAUUGUGUUCUGUUGUAGUCGCAUGUACAUAACUCCCCCCUAAACCUGCAAUAAAUAUUUCUAUGAAACUCAA